AUGGCUGCUCCCCUCCCCGUACCCGAAACCUUGAUCAACAGCAGGGUGGUCUGGAAGGAACCGCCGAUCUGCGACCAGCCCAUCUGGUUGAUUGUCCGCAAAUGUGAUGUGUGCCACCGGGGUAGGAGGGGAUCCUGCAUUGAUGGCCCCAACCCCGGCGUUUGCACCCGGUGCCGUACGGACGGGUGUUUGCUCUGGGGCCUCCGCCGCGAUGGCGCAUUCAUUUUACCUGGCGUCGGUUGGGUCGGCUGGUUCGCCCAGCGUUCCUUCCACAUUAUCGCCGACCUUCCCGACCUCGCACAGGUCGUCGCGCAGGGCGCCGCCGAUUACAUCCUCUCGUGGAUGUCGCCGCAGGACUUCACCGCAAUUCCUCAGCAAGGCGCACUCUUAGACUUCCCGUUCCCUAACAUGGUGUCCUACACGGCGUACACAAGGUGGGACCGACAGGCCGCACGAAAACUCGCGGUGGACGUUGUGUUCAGAAGCCGCCCCGGGAGCUAUCCAACUGCUCUUGGGGGUGAUAGGACGUUUUGGCUUCAAGUUCCCACCUCGGUCGAGGACCACAACUGGUCCAUGAAAGAGCAUGCUCAGUCAGUUCGCCCUCCCCGCUAG